AUGCCAAAAAUAAAAUUGAUAUCAACUUCUAUAAGUUCAAAUUCAAAUUUAAAAACUCACAUCAAGCAUGUUCAUCCAAGUGAAUUAAUUACAUUUAAUGAGCUUGGAAAAAGGAAGUCGUACAAUAAUAAUAAUUGUACUCAACCCAAAAAACAGUUGAAAUUAUCGGAAGUAGGAAAAACUGUAAAAAAUCUUAGUCAAACAGAAUUUGAUAAGGCUAACCUAGAACUCAUUAUAAAUACUGUGUCACCUUUUUCUUUGAUUGAGCACCCUGCAUUUAUAAAAUAUUGUCACUUAACAUCCAAUAAAGUUCCUAUGUCCAGAAGAAGAUUGAUGAGAAAUGUAAGCUCAUUGUUCAAUGAUAUGAUUCAACAACUGAAGACUGAACUAGAAAAAAUUGAAUAUGUUUGCAUUACUGCAGAUUGUUGGAGUAUUUUCCACAAUCGUAUAUGGGUUUUACAAUUCAUUGGCUGA